AUUUAUAAAUUGUAAAAUUCCUUUUUUUCUUUUCCUUCCCUUUCUUCUAAUCUCAUAUGAGUCAUUUGCCUGUUGACCCAUUUCAACAGAGGCAAAUUGUAUAUGAAGAACAUGACCCUUAUAGAGUAACAAAAAAGAAUGCACGAACAAUAGUUCUGAAUUCGACAUUGUUCAUUCUCGUACUGCUUCUGAUAGUAGUACAAGCAAAUUAUAUAAUUCUGCAGCCGUCAUGACGGAGUAUGAUGACCCUUAUAGAAAACAUAAACCAUUCAAUAGAGAACCAGAAAGAGCCAAUUCAUAUUUACCCUAUUCGCAUCAUCGUAGGGAUCCAAACCAACCUCCUGCAUUACCCAUAUAUAUUGAAGAUUACAUACCACAUACAUCAACUAGCCUGGGUGUAAACUCUAUGCUACACGACAGUUUAACGGAACAGAUAAAUAGCACGAGCACAGUAGUUAAACAGCCAACAUAUGAUAAAGAGAGCAUGAUAGAAGAACUGUCAAAGAAGAGAAAAAGGAAACGAAACCAACGAUGUUGUGGACUAAAAUCAACAAUAGCUACCAUCGUCUUACUUCUUGUUAUCCUUGCCAUUAUUUGCUACUUUGUUUGGCCAAGAGUUCCUAGCCUGAGCGUCGCUGAUGUGGAUGAUAAUGUUGAUAUACAAGUCAGCCUGAAUACGACCAAAAAAUCAAUCUCUACCCAAUGGAAAAUGAAUUUAACAGCAGAUAAUUCAGCAAACUGGGUACCCACACGAAUUGCCUCGAUAGACUUACAGAUAUAUGAUGAAAGUACCACUGCUAACUUUGGCAAUGGUAGUUCAGGCUUCAUGAUCUUACCACCGCGGAAGAGAACAUCGAUCAUUAUUCCCAUGACUAUUCACUAUGAACCAGAUUCAGUGAAUGAUACAACGUUUCAACAUUUAUAUAAUGCCUGUAACAUUCAAUCUGUUCCAAAUGCACCUUCUGAAAAUAGACAAGAUGUUUUAAAUGUUACCCUGCACGUAUCAUAUCAUAUUGCAGGUAUUGUUUGGACACCUACCACUAACAUAACUGUACAUCGAUUGAUCUGCCCAAGAAGUUAACCUUUUUUAUAUAAUAUACCCCUCCUCAUCUCUUUCUAUAUAUAUCUCCCUUCUCUUCUUCUCCCGCAUCGCCUCUCAAUUAUUUUUUUUUUUUGCUGUCUUUAUAUUUUUAUGUGUGUUUUUAAAUAGCCCCGGGAUAUUUUAACCCCGUUUCUUUAUGUCAGUUUCAAAAGUUGUGACGAGUCAAGUGAAAAAGAAAUAUUUUACAGAACUUCCAUCAAUCAGAGUACUUUCAAGGUCACCAGAAGAUAGGUCCGAGGUGACAGUCUAUGUGAAAGGGUUUUUGUCAGAAGGAGAUUCACCAGAGAAUUUUCAAGAUUGGAUGCAUUCACAUAGAUUACUUGUUCUAAGUCCAACUCAUCGCUGGGGUCCCUCUGCACUUGGGUAAGAAGG